AAACAGCUCCUGUAUUGAAUUCCAUUGAGAUCAUUAUUUCCAAUCCAUGGAGAUGAAUGGCAAAUAAACUGCAACUUAGGCUUUAUACAUGAAGCAUCAUCUCUUCUGCUAUAAUAGCCCUUAUACGUCUGUACGUCGUGCUACUGCGCAUGUCUAAGGAUUACGCGCUUCUUUUUAUCCGUUACAGGCUGCCUGUCAUGCAUGUCGAUAUGUCGAUGCGAAUCUAGCCAUCGAGAGAACUAUCGUCAAUUCAGCGGCAUUCGCUGCGCUCUUCGAUGCCUGACUGAGCCUGACCUCUUUCCAAUCUUCGUGGUUCCAAAGGUGCAAAUUGUAAAUCGGCUAGGAUGGCUCGUUCAGAUACAGUCAUCGCGUGCCCGCUACCGCUCGCCAAAAAAUUGCCAUGCAGUCUGUCGAUCUAGAGGUCAAAGUGGAGUAGGCGUGGCUCCUUUCUUUGUUUACGAGACACGCCCUCACUGAAAGAUGGCCGACGGCGGCGAGCCCCAGGAGAUCGCAGCACUUCGUACAAAUCUUACUUCCAUCACUGACACGGUGACGGUCGGAGGCAAUCUACAAUGGUUUGGCAACCGCCUCGUGGAAAAAAGGUUCAUUCCCAGGAGAGAGGCUCAGGAAAUACUCGAUGUUAGCGGAACCCGACCAUCGAUGAAAGCUGCUCAGCUCAUGGACAGCGUGUUUGCUGUGCUUGAAACGACAGAUAGAAAGAGACGCUGGUUUGAUCAGUUCGUCUCCAUUUUCUCCGCCGACAAAGCGCACGCGGAGCUCGCGGCAAAAAUUAAAAAAGUGGGAGUUGCCACUGCCAGCCAGCAGGAGGGUUCUCAACUAUCCCUUAUACAGGCCCAGAGAUAUGAAUUGAAUGAUGAACUGAUUGCUGCCAGUAAGUCGGGAGAUGUGAUGAGAGCUGCAUCUCUUCUCAACAGUGGAGCUGAUAUCCAGACUAAGGAUGAGGUCUUUUGGACUCCAUUGGACUGGGCCAGUCGGUAUGGUCUUCUCCAAGUGGUUCGUCUUCUGAUAUCAAGAGGAGCUCAGCUCAACCACCAGGAUGAAGAUGGGAACUCUGCCUUGACUCGAGCAGCCUGGUAUGGUCACACUGAUAUUGUUGUGGAGCUAGUGAAAGCAGGAGCCAAUUUGGACCUUCAGAAUAAGAAUGGAGACACAGCAGCCAUAAUAGCUGUAAAGGAAUAUAAAAAAGCCACUCUGAGGGAGCUUGUGAGGGCAGGGAGUGACCUCAACCUCCAGAACCAGGAGGGACUCACUCCACUAAUGAUAGCUGUCAGGAGAAGGAGAACUGACAUUACUAACAUUCUACUGGAGGGAAAGCACACCAACCUUGAUUUUCAGGAGGAGAAUGGAGACACAGCAGUCAUAAUAGCUGUAAAGAGACGUGAACCAGACACUCUGAGGGAGCUAGUGAGGGCAGGGAGUGACCUUAACCUCCAGAACAAUGAGGGACUCACUCCACUAAUGAUAGCUGCCAGGAGAGGGAGAACUGACGUUACUAAAAUUCUACUGGAGGGAAAGCACGUCAACCUGGAUAUUCAGGAGAAGAGGACAGAAUGGUCAGCUCUCCACUUCUCUGCUGAGGUAGGAGACUCAGCUACAACAGAAGCACUGCUCAAGGCUGGAGCUAAUCCUCACCUCCAAGACAAGGUUUGGGAAUCUGCUAGAAACCCUUAC